AGCCAGACUCUGGAAGAAGUUCACCACACUCUCACUCACCACAAUUUGAUGCCACUCUUGCUUUGAGGGUAAGUAGACAUUUAAUACACAUGAAACAGGCACUUGUAAUAUUUUCUAGAAUGGUACAAGGCGUUUUCAGUGACUUUGCCCUGAUAUGAAACUUAUUGAGAAAAAGGGAGUAUGAGAACAGUGAGAAUGGACAAAAAAGGUUGCCCUCCCUUAAAUCAUUAGAGGGUUACAUUAAUCACCAUGACCACUUCUGUUUUUAUAAGUGGUUAUAGUGGCAGAAGUCUGUAUGUGCAGCAUUUUUGCUUGAAAACCUGCACAUACAGAGAUAUGUAGACUAUUGUGCCGGGUGGAGUUGAGCGGACACCUGGAUGUUCGGGUUCGCCGAGUUCGGCCGAAGUUCGUAAAAAAGUUCGAGCUCAAACUUGACCAGAACUUCACCCCUAACCCGAGCCCCAUUGAAGUCAAUGGGGACCCGAACUUUUGGGCACUAAAAUGCCUCUAAAAAAGUCCUGGAAAGAGGAGGAGGAAGAGGGGUCAUUUCCUCUGUUAUCAGGCCAGUCAUUCACAAGUGAUUCACAAAGUUUGGGUCCCCUUUGACUUCAAUGGGGUUCGUGUUCGGGGUCAAGUUUGAUUCCGAACCCAGACUUUUUGUCCCGAACAUCCAGGUGUCCACUCAACUCUAUUCAUUAAUUGCUUAUAAAAGUACCGAUUUCUCCUAUAAACUUGCACUUUUAAAAACCAUCAUUAUAAUAGGAUACUCCUCACCCAUAAAGCACUUCAGAACUUGUGAAUGCGAAGUGAUCCUUUAAGUUAGGUUACAACAAGUUUUAGAUAUGCAAUAUGAACAUUUCUGUAGAGGAUUAUUCAAUAUUAGGUGAAAUUAAUCACUAAAAUUAAUAUGGCUGCCAAUCCCACCAUAAACAAUAUCUCUACCAGUACACCAAAUAUGACAAAUUUUGCACAAGGGCUUUGCAUUUUGUUGUCAUUUGAAAAGAGUGCCAUUAUAAUAGGAUAUUAUUAUUAUAAUUUUUUGUUUAGGUGGAUUUAUGUAACAGUUUGAUCACACAAGAGUUACAGUAACAUUGCAAGUUUUUCCAUAUUUUAUUUAAGCUCUACACAAGGGCAUAACUAGAAACCUUAGGGCCCCGGUGCAAAAAGCUGUUACGUACUCCCCGACCUCAGAGCAGAGGUGGACAAUAGGUGCACAAAUCCAAUGAUGCUUUGCCAGCUGUGGAUCUAGUUACCCAUCCUUGCCAGGUAGGACUCCCAGGCCUAGUCAAAUUCUCAACUUUUGUGACUCUGGUAGUUCCGCCACUGUUCAUAUAUAUGUUAGUAGGUGUCUCAACACACAUAUAAAAGUCAUAAUUGGGUGUGGUCAAUGUAGCAGAACUCCGAUACCCUGACUAGGUAUUUCGGCUGAUUAUUCUUCAAAGCUGUUAGAAGCACUGUUGUGAUUAUAACCCUUUCCCCCAGUAACUAACACAUAUUUCUGGAAGUCAACUGAGGUUUAUUAUGCCACAUUCUGCCUUUUAUGCACAGACCUCCAGCAUGGGGUCUCCAUAGGAAAAAGUACAAGUCACUCCCAGGCAUCUCUGUGUCUGCAAGAUAAUUGAGUCUAAAGAAGGCUAACUCAAUUAUCUCUCAGUUAUAGGAAACAAUACAAAACAUAUAAUUAUACAGGAACCCCACAAAGGUUAUAAACACAAAUAGCUUGGAUCUGUCCAAACAGUGCUCCGAUCCCUUCGGUAGAAUGGAAUCACCAUUUGGCAAUGGCCAGUCUAUUUUCAGGGGGUUCCUGUGCGAGCACCGAUGAAUACUCCCCCUGGCUUCUAGGGAGUGAAUACUCCCCCUGGUCAGUAGUUCCUUUUUCACAAACUCCAUUCUCCUAACUUGUCUAGAAGCUGAACAAGCAGCGGUACAAUUUUCCCUGGCGUUCAUGGGAUCUUGUAGCCGGCACAGAGUUCCAUACACUUGACGACCAUGUACGGCUACCUACAUUCGGGAAAUAAAAUGGCCACCAUUCCUUAGAGCACAUGUGUUCAAAUUAUAUGAAUGACGGCCACCCAGAGAAAGCACUUGAGCUAAUUGCUCAUUUGCGGUUAACAGCCAGGGGUGGCCGGUGUUCGUGGGGUAUAAAAACGUUGGCCACACAUAUUGUGUUCGAGCAACGAAAGGAAGGGGUAUUGACUGCCUAACCAAGGGACAUUAGUCUUGUAUAGCAGACCCAUUCUGCUACAGUCAAGGUAGACUGUUUUUAGUCACUAGGGAAAUAAUUAAAGGGUUACUCCAAACACCAUGACCACUCAUUGAUUUGAAGUGAUCAUGGUGGUUGGAGUGUUAUGCAGAGUGUUUCUGCUUAAAGCACCUCACAUUAAGAGUUAUUUUGUGUGCCGGGAGCUAGUUGCACCCCCAAAUCUGUUGGGUGCUGCCUAUGUCAAUUCUGUUCAUCUGUCAUGAACGGGCACAGCAUCCUGGCACCAGAUGUAUAAAUCUCUUUCCCACCCUUCCUUCUUACCUGUGUGUUCUCUCCAGCCUCCCUCCACUAAUUGAAUAGGCCUUUUUUUGCUCUGAACCAGUAAAACAGUCCAAUCACAGGCUUCUCCAGGAGAAGCCUGUGAUUGGACCGCUCAAGUGCUGGGAUGGUGUCAUAAUGGGGCAUGGAAGAAAGCGCCGGGAGCUUUAACUGUCUCUGCAUGUCAGGUAAGUAAAAAUGUUUCUACACAUUUAAUGGGGGAACCUAAUAAUAAUGCCUCAUAGAUCAUUGUACACUAAAAAAAAGGAUAAAAUGAUAGAUAAAUGGAGGAUAUGGUCCAGCCAUACUUAGGGUCAGCCUUAGGGGUGAGCAGUCUUACCAGGUCUUGCAGAAUCUUUGGGCUUAGGAUUGCAGGGGUUUUCCUGUGAACUAGGCCAUAGUAGUUCUCCUGCAGCCAAAUACCUUUCCACCAAGGCAAUCAGUUGGUCUGCUGUAUUGGGAUCACUUUGGCUGACCCAGCGACGCAGGGCAGCUGGUAAACCACGCAAAAAGCGGUCCAUUACUAAGGUCUCCACAAUGUGGCUGGCUGAAUGUAUUUCAGGUUGGAGCCAUUUCCGUGCGAGGUGUAUGAGAUCGUGCAGCCUUGUCAGAAGAAUAUGUCCAUGAGUGAAACCUUUGGGCACGUACCGCAGAGGUUACAACCAGUCGUGACAGGAUUUCAGCUUUCAGUUUGCCGUAGUUACUUGCAUCUGCUGGUUCUAGAUCAUAGUAUGCCUUCUGCGGCUCUCCACUUAGGAACAGUGCCAGUAUGCUUGCCCACUCACCAGACGGCCAUCCCUCCCUCUCAGCAGUGAGUUCAAAUGCCAGAUGGUAUGCCUCAACAUCGUCAGAUGCGGUCAUUUUCUGAAGGUACUGGCUCGCCCGAAUCACCUUUGGCCCCUGGUUUCUCCCAUCCGGGUCUCCAUUCAGCUUAUUAGAGAUCGCUUGCAUUUCCUGUUGUAGUCCCUGGGUGGCAUUUCGCUGCUCCUCAUGGGCUACAUUAAACAUCUCAGCUUGUGUCACAGCAAUCUGUUUCACCAAGGACUCGGUGCACUCUAUCUGUGUUUAGGACAGGUUUUUAGCAGCACCAGCACCAAUUGCUGCAGGGCUGCACUGUUCUCUGCAGCUCUCCUGUUAGCCUCCUGUUGCACAGAGGUGGAUUGGAUCAGUUCCUUGAUAACAUCCUCCAUUUUGAUCUUUAAAAGACUUUUACCUUCAGACUUACGUGGUUGCCCGCAUUCUCCACCAUAUGUAACACACCACCUCUUUUCUAGGUAGGAUUUUGUCACAGCCUUCUAGGGUAAUGAAAGUCCAGGACACAUCCAGCUCAGUUUUUCAGAUUUAUUUGGUGAAAUAUAUAUACACAGGUGUUUCAAAAUGAAAAAUAAACAAAACAAAAGUCCUUGCUCUUGCUUGAGCACUUACUAUACACAGCAAAUCCCUAUCUGGAAUUGGGUGACUUUCCCACUUGCCAAUUUACAAAAAGUACAUAAUUCCUCUGGCUUUUCCUCCUCACCCUGCAGCAUGCUAAUCCCUUCUUUUUAAAAGCCUGCUAGCUAAUUGAUCAGAUACAGGUGAGGUGCAAUUAGACAUAAGUGAAACUAUUAAGUAAAAUAAAAGUUCUGGUCUGACUGUUACUUAGCAGCUGGUGCUAUUGGAGCACUGGCCCACCCUGCUCUCCAAGUGCUCCGCCCCAGGGACCCAUACUGUGGUUUGCAGAGUACCAGUGAUGCAUCUUGCAAACCUAACAUCUCUCCCUGGGACAUUUAACUCUCAAACCUCAGGCUGCUGUUCAGUAACGCAGGCCUAAUCUAUAUGCCAUCAACUACCAAACCACAAUUUCUCUCACACUAUAUAUGCAUUAACUGUACAUAUGAAAUUUUGGUUUGUAAAUGCAGAGAAAGACAUUAAACAUCCAGUCCGUUUAUAAAACAUAACAUGUUUCUUUCUUUUCUCAGGAACUCGAACCGCAAAAGGAGUUCACUAUACCUCGCCCACAAACAUGCCCAAACUCAUACAUGCACUAUAGAUCUCAUGAUCUCAGUAAUAUGUAG